AUGCCUCACGCCGAUUCUUCCUACUUUAUGCCCGGUGCCUCUAAGGCCGAUGUAUAUGAGCAGGUGCUCAUGCAAGCAGAGGGUCUUCUUAGCGGACAACGCAAUUGGGUCAGCAACUUCUCCAACGUCUCCUCUCUCCUUUGGCACGCAUACUCCGCCCUUCCCUCCCCUUCCUCCGCCGUCAACUGGGCCGGCUUCUACAUUCGCGAUGACAAAUUCCCUACCCUCGCCUCACCCAUUUCCUCCCCGCCACUCCCAAGCGCCGAGGGCGUCUCCGGCGUAAUCAUCUCCACCACAUACGCAUCCCCCGAAAACCAACUUCUACUCCUGGGUCCCUUCCACGGUAAACCCGCUUGCCAGCAGAUCCGCUUCGGCAAGGGCGUCUGCGGCACAGCAGCUGCAAGCCAGAAAACAAUUGUCGUACCGGAUGUCCUCGAGUUCCCAGGCCACAUUGCAUGCGACGCGGAUAGUCGUAGUGAGAUAGUCGUUCCUAUCAUAGUCAGGGGAGAGACUGUUGCUAUUAUUGAUAUUGACUGCGCACUGCCCUCUGGAUUUGAUGACGAAGACAAGAAACACCUCGAGAAAUUGGCUAAGCUCUUGGCUGAUAGCUGCGACUGGUAA